UAAGAUGAAGCACUUUCCUUUGCCCAGUUAGACGGAACAUGGCGGAGGCGGUCGAUGCGGGAGGCGAUCUUGGCUCCGCUCCGCCUGACGCGAGUGACUCGUUCCCCAGUGAGGAAUACGAGUGCAAAAUAUGCUACAACUACUUCGACCUGGACCUCCACACUCCCAAACUGCUGGGCUGUUCGCACACCUUCUGCCUGCAAUGCCUCGACGCUCUGCACUCCCGGGAGGGUCGAGGAUGGAGAAUCGGCUGCCCCUUGUGUCGCCACCGAACUCCGGUACCGGAAUAUCGGGUUCACAACCUCCCCGACAACACCGCAAUGACCGAUGCGCUCCCGCUUCAAACGCAAGAGCCCGUGAACUUAUCAAACACAGAUGUCCAGACGGGUCCGGCCGUCUCUUUGGUCGCCUCCCAAGAGGGCGACGACAGCUGUCAGACUUGCAAACAGGUUGCGUUUGCGACCGGCUGUGCGUGCGCCAUCUUCUCCUUCCUGUCCAUGGUGGUGCUCUUAUUUCUGGGCCUCAUUUUUGUACACAACUUCAAUAACACGACGCCUCCCGUCGGUCCUGUCUGUUUGUUUGCUGCCAGUGUUCUCGCCCUGUUCUCGCUCAUUCUCACCUGGCUAAUGUGUAUGAUAAAGUACAGACCUGAAACUGAAGCAAGCACCUUAAGUUCCCUCACUUAUGUAAUGUAA